UGACAGCGUCUAGUCUUCAAAACGCUUAAAAACUGUGCUUGAUUUCUUGAUUUACUUGUUGAAUGUUGUAGACGAGCAUUGAAAGCAACCACAAUGUCGCUUAGUGGCAUGCGAGCGCGUAUGCUUCAGAGAAAAAAGGAGAGAGAAGGUUUAGAAGCAGAAAUAUCAAAAUCAGUUUCUAAAUCACAACCGUCUGUCUCUGAUGGUCCAAAAACUGAUAGUAAGCCAGAAACAACCACAGCCAGUACAUGUUCUGCUCCCACACCAAAGGUAGCAACAGUCUCGGUCACACCAGACAUAGUGAAAGACAGCCAGGAACCGGUCAAAGUAGACCCAGAGGUUGAAAAGAAGGUUCUGAUGGUACUAUGUGAUAUUAAUCUUGACAUCCCCUGUAAUGCAGCUGUCAUUGCAGACCAUACCACAAAGGCUCUGGGAAGAGGCAUCACUUUGGCUUCCAUUGAGAUCUUACUACAGAACUUUGCUUCUCAGCAGCUAAUAAGCAUUAUCACUGAAGAGAAUCCUUCCUCUGGAAAAAGUAAAUAUGUUGUACAAGAUUUAGAUCUGACAAAGCUUUUUGCUGUGAUUAAAGACCCAAAAUCAAAGAAAAGAAAAAGAGAAGAAGAGGAAGAUUCAGAGAAUGAACCACCGCACAAGCAGUCCAAACAACAGGGUGCCGAGGGAGGGAUUGAUGACAUUGAGAGUUUACUCUCCAUGCAAUCAGCCAAGGAAAGAGUCAGCAAACAAGUCAAUGAAGAAAUUCAGCAGCUACUUACACACCCUACUGCAAAGGAACAAAUUUUGGUAUCAAGAUUCAAAUCUCAAGGAGGUGUUGCAUUGCAAGAGUUCUGCCAGUAUGGAACCAAAGAAGAGUGUCAGAAAUUAAAUGAAUCUAAAGAGAAAUGUGAACGACUUCAUUUUAGAAAAAUCAUCCAUAAACACACCGAUGAAUCCCUUGGAGACUGUUCAUUUCUUAAUACAUGUUUUCACAUGGAUACAUGCAAGUACGUUCACUAUGAAAUUGACUACCCAGCCAAAAAUGAAACAGCGGGUAUGAAGAAAGAAGCCUUGCUGGCAAAGUCUGCUCUGGAUAAAAGCAAUGAGGGAGAAGUCCACAUGUUUCCUCCCCAGUGGGUACAAUGUGACCUAAGAAACUUUGACAUGUCGACCCUGGGGAAGUGUGCAGUAGUCAUGGCAGACCCUCCGUGGGAUAUCCACAUGGAACUUCCCUACGGAACCAUGCAAGACGAUGAAAUGAGAAAACUAGAUGUUCCAGUCCUUCAAGACGAUGGAUUUAUAUUCCUCUGGGUUACAGGAAGAGCCAUGGAACUGGGCAGAGAAUGUCUUGAUCUGUGGGGAUACAAGCGUAUUGAUGAGCUGAUUUGGGUGAAGACCAAUCAACUGCAGAGAAUCAUCCGAACGGGGCGAACCGGGCACUGGCUAAACCACGGCAAAGAGCACUGUCUGGUUGGUGUAAAAGGGAAUCCCAAGGGAGCCAAUAGGGGUCUAGACUGUGAUGUGUUGGUGGCUGAGGUGAGAGCAACCAGCCACAAACCAGAUGAGGUGUAUGGUAUCAUAGAAAGGCUUUCCCCAGGGACUAGGAAGGUGGAGCUGUUUGGGCGUCCCCAUAAUGUUCAACCCAAUUGGAUUACUCUUGGUAACCAGCUAGAAGGAGUGAGAUUGAAAGACCCAGACAUUGUGAGCAGAUUCAAAGAAAAAUAUCCAGAUAGUAAUUGCUUGGAACCCCCUAAGCCAAAGACCUGAGACUACCCCAGAAGAAGUUGAAGGCUCAAAUUUCAUGUACAUGUACCUGACUCCAUAGAUAAAUAAUGGUGUCCAGGCUAUUCUACACCUUCCACAAACACAUACAUUUGUAUGUACUUGUGUGUAUUUGAGUGGGGGAAGCAGACAACUAAUUGUUAUGUUGUUUUGUUAUGAAUCUUUCUGUUUGUUGUACAUUUCUUGGUGUGCAAUAAAUAUACAUUUUGUGUGUUGCAGGGAA